AUGGAUGCUUGCUGCCAUGGAGCAGGUUCUCUGUGCCGUUCAUCCCUCCUCCCAGCCAGUGGCAUCUUCAGCAUGUUCCUCUGUCUGCUCCUCACACUGGACUGGGCUCAAUCUCACUGCAACAAGCAAGCAAUGCCCCCUGUAAUGGCAAACUGGCCAUUCCUGGUCAUCUGGAACAUUCCAACUGAGAAAUGCAGCACUCACCGAGGAGUCGAUCUCCACCUCAAUGACUUUAACAUAGUGACCAAUCAGAAUGAAGUUUUUAUGGGAGGGAAUAUCACCAUAUUUUACAUUGAACAGUUGGGUCAAUAUCCUUACUAUGAUAAAGGCCACCCAGUUCAUGGAGGCUGUCCCCAGAACACAAGCCUGACUGGACACAUUAACAAGAUGAAGGUUGACGUUCAGAAGUAUUUACCAUCCAAGUUCUACAAGGGCCUGGCCGUCAUCGACUGGGAGGAGUGGAGACCCCAGUGGGUACGUAACUGGGGUAAUAAAACCAUCUAUCGGGAGAAGUCAGAGGAGCUGGUCCGAGCCAAGUACCCUCCCUGGCCUCCUGCUCGAGUCCUGAAACAGGCUCAGUGGGAGUUUGACUCUGCAGCAAACAAGUUUAUAAGCCGGACUCUGAGUGUGGGUGAGAUGAUGAGACCCCAGGCCUUGUGGGGUUACUACCUCUUCCCAGACUGUUACAAUUACCAUUACAACUCCAACUUCUCCCAUUACGAUGGGCGUUGCCCUGAUAUUGAGAUUGAGCGCAAUAAUCAGCUGCAGUGGCUCUGGUCUCACAGUAAAGCCCUGUAUCCCUCAAUAUACAUGGAAGAAAUCUUAAAAUCUUCAGAACAAGGGAGACGUUUUGUGAGAGCGCGAGUGCAAGAGGCUAUGCGUGUGUCAUUGAUAACUGACUCAACAUAUGCACUGCCUGUCUUUGUAUACUCUCGGUCACACUAUGCUUACACGUUCAAACCAAUGACACAGGGAGAUUUAAUCUACAGCAUUGGGGAAAGUGCAGCCCUGGGAGCAAGCGGAGUCAUUCUGUGGGGAAGCAUUGAAUUUUCUCGCACCACGGCAAAUUGCCAACAUGUGAAAGAUUAUGUGAAGAGGAUCCUGGGACCCUAUGUUGUGAAUGUCACAGUUGCAGCUCAGAUCUGCAGUCAAUAUCUGUGCAGCAAACAUGGUCGGUGUUAUCGAAAGUAUCCUGAGCAAAACACUUACCUACACUUGAGUAAAAGGUCCUUUCAGAUAGUCACACGGACCGAUCGUAGUACAUUCAGGGUGUACACUAAAGGCAAAUUAAGCCUUUGGGACAAGUACCAGUUGAAAGCACAAUUUGUGUGCCAGUGCUACAAGGGCUGGAAUGGGAAAUACUGCAGUCAGUCAAAAGCCAGGAAUUGGAAAACAUUUGGAUCAGAUACAGGUAGUGCCUGGACCACAGUUUGGAAGUAUCGAGGCUCAGGAUGCAGAAGAAGACCCCUUCAUCCCUCGAAAUCGGUGCUUCAGGAUGAAGAGGAGCAAAUGUUCCAGUAA